AGUGAGACAAUAGCACCCUUUUACAUAAGUCUGCAAUGCGUAAUGCUCCCCUUGAUCAUGUCGGCAGAACGACCAAGAUCAUCAUUCCACAAGAUAGAAACCUGCGAUCAUAUUGCUAGAGCUUGAUUUACACCUGUUGAAAUCAAAUCUAUCUAUGUGAGACCCUGCAACCAUAAACCAGGGCGAAUACAAUCAUUCAAUGCAAACACCUUGCAGCAGACCACAAAACCUGGCAGCAAGGGACAACACAACACACUUUCAUUUCACCCAUAAAAGCCAUGGAGAAAUUUCUAUCUUCUUCCUCUUCUCUUAACACUAACCUCAAACUCAAACCCUUUUCUUUUCUCUCUUCAACUACUCCUUUUCGUUCCAAAACAUUCAAUUUUCUUCCUUCAAUUUGUUCUUCCUUCAACCAUGAAAACCCUUCUCCUUUUUUGUCUUCAGCUUCGCUUCUCGCUAUGCAACCUAAAAACUCACUUUCUCGUCUCACCGAUUCUAGGAGCCCCGUAAUUGAAUCUCAACCGCUAAAUCACAUCAAUGUCGAUGCUGAUUUCAGAAAACCAAAGGGAAUAACAGUUCAGACAUGUGUAAUACUCUCUACUCUUGAUGUGCUCUUAAUUCAACCAGUUUUCGCACCAGUAGCUUUUGCAACCUUUCAAAGUACCGCCAAGAUCGGUGGUCCUGCAAUUGGUGGAAAACUUAUCCACGUCGAGCUCCUAAGUAGUGCUUGGACAUGUUUCUUUGUUGGUUGCUUACACACAUUAUCAGGCCCUGACCAUCUUGCAGCUUUGGCUCCAUUAUCAAUUGGUCGCACUCGAACGGAGAGUGCUCUUGUUGGAGCCCUUUGGGGUUGUGCCCGUGAUGCUGGCCAAUUAAUCUUUGGCUUAAUAUUUUUGCUCCUUAAAGAUCAACUUCACAUUGAAAUUAUCCAAACAUGGGGCACUAGAGUGGUGGGCAUUACCUUGCUAGUAAUCGGUGCUAUGGGAAUCAAGGAAGCUUCAAAAGUUUCUACUCCAGCUGUUGCUGUAGGAAACAGUGAAUUCGACGUCAGCGUGUAUAAAUCACUUGAUAAUCCUGUGGUAGGAAAUAAAAAGAAGAUUGGUUCUGCUACUUUUGCCACUGGAACAGUUCAUGAAUUGCAACCAAACACAAAUCCUGCAGGACCUAUUACCAAACAUACCAAACCAUCUCCAUCAUUGUUAAACAUCAAAAUAAAUGUAAUUAAUAAACACACCGGUUGCAGUAUACAACAAACAAAACCAUAACUGACAGUUCAACAUGAUAAUUUAUUAGCACAUAAUCCUAAUUCUUGACCUUUCUAUAAACUAACCAGCAUGUCUACUCACAAAUACAAUUUUCCAAUCAAACCAUCGGCGUACCAGUUCAAGGUUCACACAACCUACAAAUUAACCAAAGCAUGACAAUGAUAUGUAUCAAGUAAAAAACCACUCAUGCCAAUUGCAAUGCAGCCGUAGCAUUCAAGCUAAAGCAUACACCAACAUGCCAAG